AUGGCGACGCGCCCAACACCCCCUGAACUGCCAUCCGUCCCCGGCGCUCCGGCGCUGCCAGUCCACGCUCCAUUGUCCCACGCCCAUCCUCCGCUCGCCCUCGCCUGCUCGCCGCUGGUGCUCGCCGCUGCUACUAAACCGCGCCGCCCUCCCUGGGUUGUCUGUCCCGCCCGCCCGUCCACACAGCCCCGUCCCACGCCCAUUCGACUCCUUUUCGCGGCCCGGUGGAGCCUCGUCGGCCCAGCCUACCACCGCUCCACACGCUUCUCAUUUCCGCGCAGAAAGCGGCCGGGCGCGCAGAUUUCUACGACUAGUGGAGGAGUCGUCUGCAUGCGGGCGGUCCCCGAAUCCGCUUAUCAGCUGUCAGCCACCGAGCUUGUCCACGCGCGCCUCGUCUGCAUAUGCUGUCAUUUCCCCCCUUGUUCACAGGCAACUCUCGCAUCGUUCCCACUGUCCCGUCUCUGCCCCAACGUCGACAAGCUUCCCGGUGGCGGCGACGAUUCAUGGCCUCUUUUGUGUUGCUCGCCUGCAUGA